CACAUCAGGAUCGGUUGUCGGAGUCGAAUCUUGAAACGUGCGAUUACAGUUUUGAAAUAAUAAUAUUUAUCGGCGAAAAGCAAGAGAUUACACGCAAACAACUGCAAAUUACAGAAAUGGCUAAUGUUUUACUCAGUGAAGCGGAGAAAACGUAUAUUUUGCAUGGAAUUCAGAAGGACUACCGGAACGAUGGUCGAGCAAAUCGGGACUACCGCCCAAUGGAACUAGAAACGGAUGUUGUCGUUCAUGCGAUGGGUUCUGCACGGCUUCGAUUGGCCAAUACAGACAUACUGGUAGCUGUAAAGGCAGACAUCGAUACCCCUAGUUCUGAUCGCCCGAAAGAAGGCAAAAUCGAGUUUUUUGUGGAUUGCUCGGCGAAUGCCACUCCGGAUUUUGAGGGUCGCGGAGGGGAAAAAUUGGCAAUGGAAAUAGCUAAUACUUUAUUGAAAGCCUAUUUAUCGCAGCAAGUAUUCGAUUUAAGUCCUCUAUGCAUUUUAGCAAAACAUCAAUGCUGGAAACUUUACGUGGAUAUAUUGAUACUAGAAUGCGGGGGAAAUUUGUUUGAUGCGGUAUCAUUAGCAGUUAAAGCUGCGCUGUAUAAUACUAAACUUCCAAGAGUGUCUUCUGCAGAGCUUGAUGGGGGCUCGAUGGAUAUUAUUCUCUCAGAUGAUCCUUACGAUUGUGAGCGGCUUGAUGUAGCAUCUGCUCCCUUGUUAGUUACAGUGUGUAAAAUAGGUGACCAUUGUGUCGUGGAUCCGUCGGCGGAAGAGGAAGAAUGUAGUGCAAUCAGUGUUGUUAUCGGUUUGUCAUACCGAGAUGGCAAGAGGGGAUCAAUAACAUCGAUAAGAACCUCUGGAGAGGGAUCGUUUCAUGCCGACACAUUGAACAAGAGCUUAGACCUUGGUCUUAGUGCAGGAAACUUUCUGGAUAAAGCAUUGAUGUCUGCCCUAAAAGCAGAUGAAGAGCAGAACUCAAAGCCUUUGGGCGAGAAGGAUAUUUUCGGAUUUUUAAAAUAAAUUGUCGAUGUCGAAAAAUUUA